AAGAAAUACUAAAUAAUGAAGAAGAAGAAGAAGCUGAAGAUGAAAUUAAGGAUGUUUUGAUAAAUAAGUAUAACGGACAAACACUUGCUUUAGAUGGUAAAACUGUUAUUAAAAAAAAAUUAACUGCAAAGAGAAGUAGGCUAGUUGAAAAAAAUCAUAAUCUUGCACAAAAGUAUGAAAAAAAAACUUCGUAGUUAUGUUCACACCAUUAUAAAGACUAAAGCAUUUUAUUGGAUUGUAUUAGUUUUGGUAUUUUUGAAUACUAUAUCAAUAGCAUGUAGACAUUAUAAACAGAGUGCACAGUUAACAAUUUUACUUGAAACAUCUGAAUCGGUUUUCACUGUAUUGUUUUUUAUGGAAAUGUUAAUUCAAUCCUAUGGAGUUGGAAUGCAAACAUUUUUAAAAUCAUCUUUUAAUCGAUUUGAUUUUGCUGUUGUUUGGUUGAGUACUGCUGACCUAGCUUACAAUUGGUUUUAUAGCUCCAAUAGUAUAGGAAUUAGUGUCUUGCGAUCAAUACGACUUCUUCGAAUAUUCAAAUUGACUAGAUUUUGGAGUUCAAUGGAAAAUAUGAUUUCAUCAUUGAGAAGCUCUAUCCGCUCAAUCCUUAGCUUGAUUCUUCUUCUUCUUUUAUUUAUUUUUAUUUUUGCUUUACUUGGCAUGCAGCUGUUUGGUGGCCAGUUUCAUGCUUCACGAAGAAUACAAGGUUCCCGGACUAACUUUGAUAGUUUUCCCAAGGCUAUGUUAGCUGUUUUUCAGAUAAUGACAGGAGAAAGCUGGAAUACAGUUAUGUACCAAGGUAUUACAGCAUUUAAUGGGCCUAAAUCAGUUUCAGGGAUGAUUGUGUCAUUGUAUUUUGUUGCUCUUGUUAUAAUAGGAAACUAUACUUUGCUAAAUGUAUUUUUAGCAAUUGCUGUAGAUAAUUUAGCAAAUGCGCAAGUACUUGCAAAGGAUGCUGAAGAACAAAAGCGGCGUGAAAUGGAGCAUAAAAAAGCAAUAUCUGCAUUGUAUGCACAGCCUACUGAGCCACCUGCUAUAAGCAAAUGGGGUAAAGUCAGAUCUAUACCAAAAAUUAUAGCAUUUACAAAAAAAAGUAAAGAAGUUGAUGAAGCCAAUCCAUUUAAAGGUUACCAUUAUCGAAAAAGACCUAUUAGAGCAGUCAGCGAAUCUGAAGCUCAACCAGGUGAUGCUUUGAGAAAUGUAGUUAUGAGAGCUCAUGGCAAGUUUAUGAGCCUCGAUCAAAGUCCUGGAAUGUUUGAGCGACGGAAGCCAUUUUUGCCUUACCAACAAUCAUUUGAUGACCAGCUUUUAGAUUUGCCCACAAUACCUGGCUCUCCAAUUUUUCCACCACCUGCAAAUAGUCUUCUUAGAAACUUUGUCAGAGAAGGAACAAUUGAUUGUUCGGAUUCUCAGUGUUCUACACCAAUACAUACUAGUGAAAGUCAUCUAUUAAAUUCUUGGAAAGUUUUAAAACGAAGAAAUUUGCAUUCAAAGAAAGUUCUCAAUGCACGCUCAUUGUUAUUAUUCUCUCCUUCUAGCAGAUUAAGAACUGGUUGCCAUGCUGUUGUUACUUGGCAACAUUUUGAGCAUAUUAUGUUAAUCUUUAUAGUCCUAAGUUGCAUUUUCCUUGCUCUGGAAAAUCCAUUGUGUGAUUUCAAUGAUGUAGGAUGCCAACAAAAUCUGAUACUGCUAUAUGCUGACAUUGGUAUAGUUUCAAUUUUUACACUAGAGAUUGCAGCAAAGCUUGUUGAUCAAGGUGGUUUUGCGCAUAAAGGAUCAUAUCUUCGUGAUUGGUGGAACCUUGUUGAUUCUCUUGUUGUAGCAUGUAAUAUAGCUGCCAAUCUCAUGGCGUUUCACAAUCUUAAGUUUAAAAAAUCCAUAGGCGAUUCAACUGUUAAAGGUUUGCGAAUACUUCGUGUAUUAAGAACUCUACGUGUUAUAAACAAAAUCCAUGAUUUGAAGUUGGUUUUCCAGUGUGUUGUGUUUUCCUUGAAGAGAGUGCUCAAUAUUAUUAUCAUCACAAUGUUGUGCUUGUUUAUGUUUGCUGUUAUUGGUAAUCAUCUGUUCCAGGGAAAGUUUCAUUAUUGCACAGACCACUCCAAGUUAACUCGAGAAGAAUGCCAGGGUGAAUUUUUGUUUCUUCACACUCCAAUUGAAAACACACAAAACUAUACACUUACAAAAAGAGAGUGGAAAAAUGCAGAAUUUAAUUUUGACAGUAUUCCGAUUGCAAUUUUGACAUUAUUUUCUUGUGGUACAGGAGAGGCUUGGCCUAGUGUAAUGCAGUAUUCCAUUGAUGCAACAGGUGUUGACCAAGGUCCUAUUCCAGAUAACAACAUGUUCUUGUCCUUGUACUAUGUUUUUUUUGUUGUGAUUUUCUCAUUCUUCUUCUUAAAUAUCUUUGUGGCACUUAUCAUUGUUACGUUUCAAGAGCAGGGAGAAAAAGAAAUCAUUGGAUCAGAGCUAAACAAAAACCAAAGAGCUUGUUUGCAAUUUGUUUUGAAUGCUAAGCCACGUCAAAGAUUUAUGCCAGUUGACAAAAGUGGAUUUUCUUAUAAAGUUUGGUGUAUAGUUGACUCAAAACCUUUUGAAAUACUGAUUUUGGUUAUCAUUUCCUUAAAUGCUGUUGUCUUAAUGUUAGCAUUCGAUGGGCAAUCUGUUGAGUAUAAAAACAUUCUUGAUAUAAUUAACGUAGUAUUCACGUGUUUGUUUACUGCAGAAGCAGUACUGAAACUUAUGGCCUACAAACUGAACUACUUUCGUAUGCCUUGGAAUGUAUUUGAUUUUGUUAUUGUGUGUAUAACACUUAUUGGAGCUUCAAUCACUAUAUUUAGGUUGGACUCUAAGCUUUCCAUUGAUCCAUCUCUCUUCAGAUUGUUCAGAGCAUUUCGUUUGCUCAAAUUGUUGCGUCAAGGAUACAACAUUCGAAUAUUGAUAUGGACUUUUUUGCAAUCUCUUAAGGCGAUGCCCUACAUUAUGCUUUUAAUUGCAAUGUUAUUUUUUAUCUAUGCUGUAAUAGGAAUGCAGUUAUUUAGUCGCAUAGCUAACGAUAAUCUUAGACAAAUAAAUGAGUACAAUAACUUUAAAGGUUUUUUCAGUUCUCUUGGAGUUUUGUUUAGGUGUGGCACAGGUGAAGGGUGGCAUUUAAUAAUGAUGGAUUGCUUUGAUCAUGCAAAGUGUGAGUUACCAUUGAAUGGUAGUGCCUCCCCAGUUAAAUGUGGCUCAACAAUUGCAGCAGUUCUCUAUUUCUGCUCUUUUUAUUUCUUUUGUGCGUUUUUGCUACUUAACUUAUUUGUUGCUGUGAUAAUGGACAACUUUGAUUAUUUGACAAGAGAUGAAUCUAUACUUGGUCCACACCACAUGGAUGAAUUUGUAAGAGUUUGGUCUUUAUAUGAUCCGUCUGCUUUAGGUCGAAUUCCUCAUGAAGAUGUGUAUCAACUCAUGUGCGAUAUGCAGCCUCCAGUAGGCUUUGGGAAAAAGUGUCCUAAAUCUUUAGCAUAUAAGCGUCUAAUGAAACUUAACAUGCCAAUAUCUGGUGACAACACUGUUCUGUUUACACCAACAAUAUUUGCAUUAGUUAGGACAUCCCUUCGUAUGACAGAAAAUGACAAAGAAUAUUUUAAAGAUAGUUCAUUCAAAAAAGUUAUAAAGCGUAUCUGGCCUAACACACUACAAAAAACCUUGGAUGUUAUUCUCCCAGAACAAACAGUAUUAAGUGACCAGCAGAUUACAAUCGGAAAAAUUUAUGCUGCAAAAUUGAUAUAUGAAAGUUUCAAAGAAAUUCAGAGACGUAAAAAUUGUACUUUACCUCAGUUUGAGAUGUUUGAAGCAGCACAUAAGCGGGGUAGUUCUUUGUUUCAAAAAAUGAUGGGAGCAUUACGGACAUCUCAAUCACUUGUUUCAGAAAAAUCUAAAUCUCAUCUGGAUAGUUUAUCCAAAAGAAAACGAUCACAGAGUAACACUUCAUUUGAUCCGAGUAAAUUAAAUGAUAAUCCAAUCGUUCCUCUUCGGAUGCGAUCUGUAAGCACAGCUGGAUUCUGUCGAUCAUCUUCUGAUUUUCCUUUUAAUUCUUAUGGAACUAGUAAACAAAGUGUUUCUAUGCAAAAAUCUCUUCCAAUGCUUGAAGUUAAGCUCUCAUCAAAUGGAAUGUUAAACGAUUUUCAAGAAUUCAACCGUUCUAGACGAAAUUCCCCUAAUAAGUUAAAAAAGACUGACUGCCGGCGCAUUUCUCGAGCCUUGAUUCAAAAUAUUGGUGGCGCGUUUCUUGAGACAAACGAAAAAUCAGAGGAUAAGCGAUCUUCACAUUCAUGUGGUGAUAACUUGCAUGUAUUUGACAAUCAUCACUCUAAAGAAGAACUAUCAAACAGUUUUGAAAUAGGUAGCCCCCAGAACUCGUCUUCUCAACAUGAUUGUGUGUGUAACGAGGCUCAAAGUCCAAGUGCUCAAGAACUAACAAAUAGUAUACUAACAGCUUUGCGUGAUCCUGCUAAACCCAUAUUGUGUUUUUUAAAUCCUCAACCACGAGAUCAUGAAAGGAGCCAAACUGAGUUCGAACAGAUUCGAUCCGUUCGUACAAGUGAAACGAAUAUAGAAUCGAGACAUAAUGCGCCUCGUUUUACUGUAUCACUACCAUUAAUAAAAUUAGAAAUUCCUUAUGACGAAGAUGAUCAGUUUAUAGACAUUCAUACAAAUAAUCAUCGACCCUUAUCAAAUACAGAUUUUAAAGUUUCAUCCCACGAAGAAAGCAUACCUGAUUUAAUUCAAUCUACGAGACGGCCUUUAAGGACUUUAUCGCGCAGUGAACAAUCCAUUUCACCCUCGGAAGAGUUUGAUAAUUUUAAACACUCUGAAAACACAAAUGAAAAUAAAGCAACACGAAAACGACUGCUUAGAAAAACAACUAGUAUUCAUAGUGACGUUGAAAAUCACUCAAGUGAUAAUAAACUUUUUUGUGAAUACAACGAGCAAGUAAAUCGACAAAUACCGUUGGAUCACGGUGUCCAACCUCAUUGGAUAUACAAGAUAAAUGAAAACGAGGAAGAUACAUGGUGUUAGUUAUAUCAGAGUUAUAGAUAAGGGAAGUUUAACGUUUCCUUAUAUACAAAAGUGUAUUUUUUUUUAAUUUUAAGACAACGUAGUUUAUUAUCAUAUUUUUACAA